AUGGAGCAAAAUACAAAACUAACAAUGCUCUUCCAAUUUUCUAUCAUUCUGCUUGCAUUGGCCGCUGUCACUAGCGAGGCCAUCUCUUUUGGCCCUAAGUUCCAUGUCCACAUUGUGAAUGGUUUCAAGACCGACGCCCUCCACAGUCACUGCAAAUCAAAGGACGACGAUCUUGGCAUGCGCCAGACCAAUCCAGGUCAAGAGUAUGAAUGGUCAUUUCGGAUAAAUUUCUGGGGCACCACCCUCUACUAUUGUUCCUUUUGGUGGAACGGGGGACGUCACCAAAACGAUGUGUUUUGGGUUAAGGAUCAGUUUCUCAAUGACUACUGUGGUGAGAAAAAUUGUAUUUGGAAAGCUCAAGAAGAUGGGAUUUACUUGUUCAGCGCCAUAAAUGGCAAAUUUGAGUUCUGGUAUAAGUGGGAUAAGUGA